CCACGACCCGCCGCCCCGCCACCGCACGCUCCCCACCCAAGCCAAGCAGCAGCCAUGGCGCGGCACCUCGCGUCUUCAUCUGGAACCCUCCAGCGCCUCCUCGCUUCCCGCCACUACCCUCCCUUCUCCCAGGCGCCGCCUCCCCGCCCGCUCCUCCUCCCGAAGCCCCUAUCGACGGCUAUGCAGCUCCAGCGAGGCAGCGACGCGGGCGGCGCGGUGUCGUCAUCGCCCCGCAGCCGCCUCCGCGCCGUCCCCAUCUCCGCGGACGGAGGUGGCGGAGGGGCCGGCCUGGGGGAAGGUCUCCGCUGUGCUCUUUGACAUGGACGGCGUGCUCUGCAACAGCGAGGAGCCCUCGCGGCAGGCCGGCGUCGACGUCUUCGCGGAGAUGGGCGUCGAGGUCACCGUGGAUGAUUUCGUCCCUUUCAUGGGCACUGGUGAGGCGAAUUUCCUUGGAGGUGUCGCAAGAGUAAAAGGAGUAAAAGAUUUCAAUCCCGAAAGUGCCAAAAAGAGAUUUUUUGAGAUAUAUCUUGACAAGUAUGCAAAGCCAAAUUCUGGCAUUGGUUUUCCUGGGGCAUUGGAGCUCAUCAUGGAGAUUUGAUGCCAUUGUUUCUGCUGAUGCAUUUGAAAAUUUGAAGCCUGCUCCGGACAUAUUCCUGUCGGCAUCAAAGAACUUAGGUGUUGACACAAGUGAGUGCAUUGUGAUAGAAGAUGCGCUUGCUGGUGUUCAAGCUGCAAAAGCUGCGGAAAUGAGGGUCUUUCUUACAAUUCCAAAAAGAAUAUCUUAUAUGUUGCAGACACUGAGAACCAUGCACUGCGGUCCUAAAUUCGCCGUGGGAUGUCUGCUAUGAUCCAUCACAGGAGACUGUUUAUAUUGCAAUGGCUGGGCAGCACCAAAUCUGGAAGCACAACAUACGUGAUGGUGUAACCAAUGUUCUUAGUGGUGAUGGCUACGAGAGAAAUUUAAAUGGCUCCAGUGCCUCCAGAACAUCAUUUGCACAGCCUUCUGGGAUUUCAUUGGCUCCUGAAUUGCAGGAGUUAUUUGUUGCUGAUAGUGAAAGCAGUUCCAUUCGGGCUGUUAAUCUGAAAACAGGAGGCUCAAGAUUGCUAGCUGGGGGAGAUCCAGUAUUUCCAGAAAAUUUGUUUAGGUUUGGAGAUUAUGAUGGGACUGGCUCAGAUGUGCUACUCCAACAUCCCUUGGGUGUUAUUUAUGCCCGUGACAAUCAAGUAUAUGUAGCCGAUUCGUACAAUCACAAGAUAAAAAGGCUAGAUCCUGUCACGAGAAAAGUUACGACUGUUGCUGGUACUGGACGCGCAGGAUACAAGGGUGGUCCAGGCUUGUCAGCUCAACUUUCUGAGCCAGCAGGACUUGUUGAAGUUGGAGACGGAAGGCUUAUUGUAGCAGAUACAAAUAACAACGCGAUCAGAUAUAUAACUCUUAGUGAGAAAGGUGCAGAGGUGAAGACACUAGAUUUGAUUGGAGUGCAGCCGCCAUCACCAAAGCCAAAGACAUUGAAACGCCUGAGAAGGCGGGUAUCAGUAGACACAGAUGUUAUUAAUGUUGAUGGUGGUUCUUCAAUGGAAGGAUUCUUGUCUCUUGCAAUUACAGUACCUGAUGGUUACCAUUUCUCCAAGGAAGCUCGCAGUAAAUUUGAUGUGGAAACAGAGCCAGCUAAUGCAAUUGAGAUUGAGCCGGCAAAUGGUUUUCUAGACUCCGAAGGGCUGGCAUCACUGAAGUUCAAAAGGAUAUCAUCAUCAUCAUCAUCAUCGAUGGGAAGGAUAAACUGCAAGGUCUACUACUGUAAAGAAGAUGAAGUUUGUCUAUAUCAAUCUGUUGCUUUUGAUGUCAAAUUCCAUGAAGGGACAGAGGCCAGUCCUGAGCAAAUUACUUUAUCCUAUUCUGUGACUCCAAGAGAUAAUUCAGGUGGUGUGCAAUUAAUAGCAGGUAGAAAGAAUGCGAAGGUAUAGUCAGAUUCGCAUUGAUAAGUUUACUUGUGUCAUUGUAUUGAUUGUCAAUUCCUUGAAGAAAAUGUAUAUAUAAUCAAUUUAGCUCCAGGCCCGCUAUGCUAAGUGGGGGGUUGCCUUUUUUUGGGCCAAAGUUCCAGCUAACUUCCCUUGUAUGUUGCAUAGCUGACAUGCUUCUUGUAACCCAGCUGCAUUGAUUUUGCAAGUCUUAUGUCUCCCUUUGCUGGACAACAAAAUUAAUAGAUUUGUAUGUUGUACUACUAGUUCAUUGAUUGCUUGGAACACCGUA